UCACAAACAAUAAACAUUGGUUAUUAUUACUCGACCCAACUUCAUCAAAGAUGCGUGAUUUGAGGCCAAUGAUAUUUGUGAUAAUAUUUGUGACACUUUUAUUUCAAUGCCAUUCGCGUGUAUCGUCACCGUAUACAUUUCAAAAUGUGACAGUUCAUCUCAGGAUUGCCAACCAGUUACAUCCAUGGCGCAAAAUUUUCAUUUCCCAAGCUGAAAGUGCGAAAAACUUCCUGAAAGAUGCAGAUACCAAGGUGAAGGUGAUUAUAUUCAAGAAGCAAAAAAUUCCAGUGUUAUUCCCGCAUUCUUUUAGUGAGUUGGCCAGAGUGAAUAAAGUGAAAUUGAAUGGUUGUGCGGUUGAGGAUGUGCGACCAGGAUUCAUUUCUAAAAACACCGAAAUUUUCGAGUUAGAUUUGUCAGGAAACGAAAUCAGAGAUAUUAAAUAUGGAGUUUUUACAGACAUCAACAUUACGAGGCUCUACCUCAACAACAAUAAAAUUCACGAAGUUGCCAGCGAAGCAUUUUCCAACAUGAAAAGAUUGGAGAUGAUCAUCUUGAGUAACAAUAGGUUAACCGUUUGGGAUAGCAGUUGGUUUUUCAAAUCACCAGUUCGGCAUGUAGAUUUUUCAUCGAAUUUCAUCGAAGAAUUACCACGAGGUGCUUUCGAUUAUUUCCAAGAAUUCAAGAAAAAAACUUAUGGAGUCUUCUAUUAUAUCAACUUUAACAAUAAUUUUCUCACUAAGUUACAUAAUGGGUCCCUGCCUGAAGCAUCCUCUUUGUGGUUUCUAUUUCUUGAAAAAAAUUUCAUUGAAGAGAUAGAACACGGUUUUUUCAGAGGCAUAAGAAAGAUGGAGGCAUUGAAAUUAGGCCAGAAUCGGUUGAAGUAUUUUGAAAAUGAUCUUCUUGAGGAUUUGAGUUUAAGGUAUUUGAAAAUUGAUCAAAAUUUAAUAGAAAACAUUGAUGUGAACAUCACCGAAAUAUUGAAUAUAGAGAAUAAUCCCUUGAAUGCAGAGUAUAAAAGACAGUGGAAUGAGAGGAAAAAAAGAGAUAGGGCUCGUUUCGAGAGAUAUUUCUAUUAGUCUUAAUGAAAAAUUAUUCUGCGAAGCGAUGUGCAUCUAUUAGUGUAAUAUAUUCUUCUCAAUCUCGUUGAUUACAUAUUAUUAAUUAGAAAUAAAGAAUGAAGUAUAAACACAUGACAAUUCAGCAGAAUGAAGAUAUUCUAUGAUUAAAUCGUAAACAUAAUUAUUUAUAAUUCAUUCAGUAAAUAUAGAUAGGUAAAUGAGGAUUAUUGUGAAUAGAAUGAAAAUUAAAGCAAUACCAUAGAAA